AUCAAGAAAUCGUAUGCACCCAGCCUCCUCUGUUUUCCUAAAAACCCAGAACCAACGCAGCUCACGACUGAAACUUCCAAACUCCAGAGAAAGGAAAAUCCAAGACAUGAGCUCUCACCGCCCACCCCCACCCUCACACCGCCGAACUCAGUUCUUCGCUCAAUCGGGCUUUGAACCCACACAAGAAAGAAUGUACAAGAAGAAGAAAGAAGCCGACAGAGGAGAACCCUUGACAGACCCUACGGAUAACAAGGAUGAAGAAAUGGACUUCAAGAAGAUCAUGAAGGACAUUGAGAAUUUCAGCUCCUCACAUAUGACAUGGAAAGAGAGAAAGGAAUUUGAGAGCAGGAAGGUAGUUGAUCUAGGUGGGAAGCCUCCUAAGAAGCAGAGACUGCCCCUAAGUGUAGCACGACCAAUGAUGAAGAAACAGAAGGAAAGAGAGGAGAAAAUGCUACAAGAGCGUUUGAUUCUUGGACAAUUUGGAGGCAAGCAUGGUGCUAAAAGAUCAGUGGGGAGACGCAAGCCUGAGGACAGGGUUUUGAAGUCAUCUGAAGGUCAUUUUAGAAAUGGUGUACUUGAUGUAAAGCAUUUGUUACAUCCGACUCCAUCUAGAGAGAGUGAUUCUGGGACCCAUGUGGUCACUUAUAAAGGGAAAAAGAAGGGAGGUGGAAAGAAGAAUGGAGGUAAGAAGGGUGGUGGCAAAAAGCGCCACUAAGUGCAAGCAAGAUGAGAAACCUUAACAAUGGAAACAGAUAGAAUCAUUAGUUGAUACCUCAGAUAUUUGAAAGCAUUUUCAGUUUUCAAACAAAUUGUGUAUCAUAACAUUGAUGCAGGAACCUUCUAAUUAACGUCAGCCUUUCUUUUGGUUUGAA